AUGUUGUUGCAAAAUUGGCGUUUCCUUGUGUUGUCCGCGUUUGUUGCGCUACCGCAGAUUCGUUGUGCAGUUUUCGCUUACGAAGUGGAUCGGAAUAAUAGUUUGAGUGAAGUGAUCGAACGGCCCUCAGGUUGGCUGCAAGCGGCUCAGGAUAUGAUCGCUAGUCCGGCGGGACAUGUGGUGACGCAAGUUGCCAAGGAGCUGAUCAAUCGAUCGACAGGCAAUAGUCAAGUACUCAGUCUGAAUCUUACGAAUCUGCUGAUAAUCAUUUUGUUAAAAAUAUUAAUAUUUGCUGCCGGCAUGUUGGGCGCUGGACAUUGGAAUGGCUAUGGAUAUGGUUAUGGACAUGCGCGGAGUGCAGAAGAGGAUAUCAACUUCGGCCUGAGUGACGGCGAAGAUUACCUCAUCACUGGUUUCUUAGCUGCGCAAGGCAUAGGAUUGGACGAUUGCCUGUAUGCGGCGGCUUGUGCCAGCCCUAAUGUGGCCUACGAAUAUGCUAAGGCAGCAAAAGCACUAAUUGAGGGCAUCGAAAAGUACGAGGGCAACGCCUUCAACAACCCCCGCUACAAUGAUCUAAUAGGUCUGCUGGAGAAGGCCGCUUACGAUGGUUAUCGCGGUUUGCCCUGCAACAGAUCAUCGAAGUGCGAUAUUCUGCUAUGA